GCGCUUCUCACAUCUGCUGCGGAGGAGCAGCGAGAGUUGCUGCGGCCUCAGUAGUUGCGAAGCAUCUCUCGCAGUGCGCCGGAAAAAAUAAGUAGGCAGACGGCGGCGGAGACUCACCUGUUGUGUUCAUAAACAAAACACUCGGCGCAGACUGCAAUCAAGUGAAUGGCCUGACAAAUCAUCCCUUUUUCGUCGCUCAACUGCCAGCCAGGAGGCAAUCUCAUCAUGAUAAUCCCGUUCGUCUUCGCAGCCACCCUCUUCGUGGCAACCCCUGCCCUCGAUUUUCCUUCCACCCCGCAUACAACCCUCGCGCCCAUAAGUCGCGACACGUGCCACAACAACUCGUACUACUACCGGCACGAGUGCAUCUGCUUUUCCGACUCGCAAAUCCACUGUCCCGGCGAGUUCACCGCCUACCUGACGGUUGACGUCUCGCAGACCGUCCCUUCGCACAUGCUGAUUCAGUGCGAGUCAACGGCGCCCCUUCCCGAGGCCCUGGUUCCCUCCUCGUCCACCAAGACAGUCGUCCUCACCGACUGCACCUUCGGCGAACACCCCCUGCUCAGCAAGCCGGCCCUUCACGUCACCGACUUUUCCGUUUACUGUCGCUCCGGUUUCGAGUAUCGACUUUACUCGAGCAAUUUCGAGAACCUGAAAAAUCUCAAAUUCCUCCACAUAUGGUGUCCGAGUUUGGCAUCGGUCAGUGGAAAUGCGUUCAAGCACGUUUCCAACGCCCUGACGCAAUUGACAAUCCGCGGCUCCUUGCAUUUGGAAACAUUGGAAGCGAGGACUUUUGAAAACCUCAAACGUCUUUCCACCCUAAAAAUCAAAGAUAACCCAAAUUUGCGGACAUUGCCGGUGAGCGUUUUUGCCGGUUUGCGAGAGUUGAAAACUUUGUCCCUGGAUCGAAAUGCCCUAAGCAAAUUACCUCUAAACAUUUUUGAUGGACUGGAAAAAUUAACCGACCUUUCAAUUAUGGGCAACAGUCUCUUGGUCCUUGAACCUUCAAACCAUCCAGGAAUAAAACUCGUGACUAACUCGUCUGAAGUUGCAGUGGUCGGAAAUGAUUAUUUGGUUGAUAGCAAUGAGAUCGAUUCAAUUUUAAAACCACUGAUUUCUCUGAAAGAACUCAAUUUAGAUUCAAAUGUCCUUCCAAGGCUGGAAAUUGUGAACCAACUUCAAAAUUUGACCAGACUUUCCGUUCAAAAUUGCUCUUUAAACGCCGCAGGACAAAAUUCAAUCCAAAAUUUGAACUUUUUGGAAUAUCUCGACCUUUCAAAUAAUUCCAUCACAAAUCUGCCGGGUGGUUUUCUUAAAUCCGCCAGCUCGCGGCUCCAAUCAUUCACGCUUUCUAACAACAAAGUUCCGCGUCUGAUAAUUUCCGAGCCGACUUUUGAAGGUCUGCACCUCCUGCGACAUUUGAACCUAAGCGCCGCUGCUCUGCAGAGUAUUCCCCUCAGAGUUUUCAAAGACCUGAAAAAAUUAAAAUUUCUGGACGUUUCGCACAACAACAUCCAAGAACUGCCGCGCGAUCUUUUUGAGGAAAAUGAAAAUUUGGAGAAAAUCAACCUUUCCAACAACUUGAUCUCCGAAUUGCCCAACGACAUUUUCGCUAAUUUGAGUCAGUUGCGAGAACUCGAUUUGUCCGACAACGCCAUCACGAGAAUUCCCUCCUUUAUGUUUGAGGAUUCGGUCAGCGUUACAAAACUGUCCCUGAGUGGAAAUAAAAUUCGUUCUUUGGGAAAUUACGAUCUCCUUGGGCUGUACGGCGUGGAGCACCUUGACGUUUCAGACAAUGUCUUGUCCAGCAUCGACCCGGACACAAUGUUAAACAUCGCGUCCAACAAACGCGACCACCAUUACAAUCAUAUGGAUUCCGGGAACAAGGCAAAAUCAAGGAAACCAACUACCUUGAGGCACCUGUCAUUUGCCAAAAACGCACUCAAACACAUCUACCCCAAUAUUUUUUCCACCCUGAACAGACUGGAAAUUUUAGAUUUGAGUGAAAACCUUCUCACGUCACUACCCAACCUACACCAUUUAACUGAGCUGAAAGUUUUAUCCGUUGCUGGAAACCAAAUUUUGGAGCUUCAGAGCCCACUUUUCUCAGAUGGUUCUAAUUUGAGAUCCGUUUCAUUCAGCAAUAAUAAAAUCUACCAAUUCGCGCCUUCUCUUUUCAUGGGACUUGGAUCUACACUAAUGCACGUUGAUUUUUCGCACAACGCUUUGGCAGAUUUCAACACGACAUUGCUCUCCGGCCUUAAUUCAAUCUCGCAUUUAGAUUUGUCACACAACCAAUUGACAAACGUUGACUUUUCCGCCAUACCCACCGUUCAGUGGGCCAACUUGUCCUACAAUAACUUGACUUUCAAACAAUCUGGAUGGGUGUUUUACCGACCGUUUGGCCCCACGCAAAGAUCAACGAAACACAGCGGACAAUGGGGAAGGAUGGCUACUUUUUCAGACUGCGUCAACCUGCAUUACCUGGGACUUUCAAAUAAUUUGAUCUCUCAAAUCCUGCUUGACGUCAGAAGAUUAGAAAAUUUACGACACCUCGAUUUAACUCACAACAACAUCACUAAAAUCGAGUCUCAAGAUUUGCAGUACAUGUCGACCAAUAUCACUGUCGAUUUGCGCUACAACAAAAUUUCGUCUUUGCAACUGCGCCAGGAGGACUUCGAGUCGGAUGGCAAAAAUUACGCCGAUCUGAAAAGCAACGUGCGAAUUUUGCUUGAUCACAAUCCUGUGUCGUGCGACUGCAAUUUGCCAAACUUCUUGCGAUACUUGCACGGCGACGCAAAACUACUUUCCCACGACAAAAUGCAAACGGCGCAGCUCGUGGGUGAAAAUCUUGCAUGCUUCUUGCCGGUUUCGAUGCGGGGCAAAAAGUUAUCAGAAAUUGAAACGUGGAGCCACUAUUUGCUGCCGAUUUUGGGGCUUUGUAGUACAUUUCAGUGACCAUGUAACUUAUAUUUAACUGUAGAAUAGCAGUAAUUUAUAAAUAAAAAUUUGAUAUUUAAAAAAAAAAUGAUUUUUUUGCAA